AUGUUAUGCAUCGACGAGUCGAUAAUACCAUUCCGUGGACGGAUCGCAUUUAGACAGUACAUGAAACAAAAGAGGCACAGGUAUGGGAUUAAAAUAUUUAAAUUGUGCUGCACUAAUAAUUACACCUACAGUUAUCGCGUCUACACUGGCAAAACAUUGGACAAAGAAAAUACAACACCCACAAAUGUUGUUCUGAAUUUGUGUGAAGAUUUGUUUGAAAAAGGCCAUACUUUAUGUACAGAUAAUUAUUAUACGAGUGUAGAUUUAGCAAACAAAUUAAUAUCAAAGAAUAUGCAUUUGAUUGGUACCCUUCGGCCAAAUCGGAAAGAAAAUCCAAAGGCAGUUGUGACAGCCAAACUGCGGCGGGGAGAAGUUAUUGCACAAGAAAACAGGAACGGAAUUACCGUCAUGAAGUGGAAAGACAAGAGGGAUGUUUUAGUUCUUUCGACCAAACAUUCAAACGAAAUGGAAAACGUAACAACUAGAACAGGGGUUUCCUAUAAACCAAAAAUAAUUAUUGAUUAUAAUAAAGGAAAAACGCCGAUUGAUCUAUCCGAUCAGAUGAGUUCCUACAGCAGUCCACUUAGAAGAGCAUUGAAGUGGUACAGAAAAUUAGCCUUCGAUCUUCUUUUGAAUACUGCCGUUGUGAAUGCGUUACAUAUGUAUGAAAGUGUAUCGGAGACAAAGAUAUCCAUUACAAUGUUCCGGAAACAAUUAGUAGCUGCUCUCACACAACAUUCACACGAGCAAACUCCAGUUGAGGCCGGUACAAGUAGACGUAUCCACAAACUUCGGGAAAAAGAAGGAAAGGCUCAUAAAGUGCGAAAAUACUGUGCUGAAUGUUAUAGCACGAAUGCAAAAAUGCUCGGGAGCGACAUAGCGAAGAAAAACACGAAAAAAGUAGUUACCUACUGUGAUAUGUGCAAAUCUCAGCCACAUUUUUGUUUACAAUGUUUUAAUAAACUUCAUUAA